CCACUACACAGGUAGCAGGAGCUGCACUGCAUGAGAAAGAGUUCCAUGUUCUACACUUUAGAAACUUAGAUAAAAGCCUCCUAAAUGCAGAAUGAUUGCAGACUUUCCCUAAUGACAGUAUGGAAAGUACAGCCUGCAUCCUUUUUGAACGUCUGGUUAUUCAGAAACAAGCCUGUCUGACUUACGGACUUCCUGUUCUGCCCUCGGAAUCUGUGACUUCAAGAACAAUGUGCUCUAGCUUCUCAACUAAAACUACGCUGGAAGAGUAAGAAUGCUUUCCAUCCUGCUAAGUUGCACUAAGCACCAAUGUGCCUGCCAAGUCUGCCCAACUGAAAUAAAUCAUGCACCCUGGAGCUACUGCCACCCUGAACUUGGUGGGACUUCCAGAGUUUCCACAGCAACUGCUUCAAUAGGUGCACCACACUUGCAUCAAAAGAAUCGCACAUUAAUGCCAUCAGUGCCAGCACUUCCUAACGUGAGCUGGUAAUGAAACAUGGGCACCAGUGCUACACACCAGACAUGGAUUUUGAACCAAACAGGAAAUACAAGUACUUGCAACCCAGAAUACAACAAGAGUGUGCACUUUGUGACGGCAAUGUACAGUGUUGUUUUGGUUAUUGGAUUCCCAGCAAACAUGUUAACUUUGUGGUUAACAAUACUGCAGAUACGUAGAAAAAACGUACUGGCUGUCUAUCUGUUCAGCCUAUCUUUAAGUGAAUUGAUGUACUUGGGGACGCUACCUCUCUGGAUCCUUUACGUGAAGAAUGACCAUAAAUGGCAAUGGGGUGCUCUGGCUUGCAAGAUCACUGGGUACAUCUUUUUCAACAACAUAUACAUUAGCAUACUCCUGUUGUGCUGCAUUUCUCUAGACCGAUUUGUGGCAGUUCAGUACUCCUUGGAAUUCAGAGGUAUAAGGCGGCAGAGGAUAGCCGCCAUUAUAACUUUAGUUCUAUGUUUUACUGUAGCACUGAUUCACUCUACUGCAUUCAUGAUAAACGAAGGAGACACAGAAAAACAAUCAACCUGCUUUGAAACAUUGCCAAUGCCCCAAAUGGUAGCCAAUUUCUAUUUUGCUCGAUUUAUUAUUGGCUUUUUAUUACCUUUAACUGUUCUCAUGUUUACAAACUGCAGCAUUAAAAGACGAAUCCAAACAAGUGACAGCUUCACACACCACCAAAAAUCCAAAGUAAAGUAUUUGUCAAUAGCUGUAAUAACCAUAUUUAUGAUUUGCUUUGCCCCUUAUCAUCUUGUUCUCCUCAUUAGAGCUAUAGCUUUUGUUUUAAACCCAGAUAACUCCUGCCCCUUUGAGGAAAAUAUUUACACAUCUAAUGCUGUGCUCCUAUGCCUAGUCACGGUUAAUAGUGUGGCUGAUCCAUUUAUCUAUGUGCUGGUAAGUGAAAAUGUGAGAAAGGACAUCUGCAGAGGUCUGCGAACAUGGAGAAGGCAAUUGUCGACGUCUGUCAAAAGUGACAAUAGCAUUUACCCUCACAUUCAGAGAUCUAGAGAACUCCCCGAGGAGAAUUCUUCUGCACAACCUGUACAGCUUCUAUGACCUCAAAUAACAGUAUUUUUAAUGGAAGAGCUUUGUAAGGUUUGCUGGAUAAUAUCUAACUUGCACUGCUUGGAAGAGUUACUGGCUGGUAAAUAGCUCCCAAUACUAUGGUGUGCUUACGUGGUGUGAUUUGCUCCAGCUCAGUAACUCACUGAAACCAAGAAAAUAUUUACUUUCAGUAUUAUGACUGCUAAGUGGGUUGCUAAUUGGUUGCUAUGGGUUACAGUAGAGGAGCAAAUCUAAUUUAAUAUAAAGAAUGCAAAAGCUUUUUAAUUUAUGUGUCUUCCAAUGUAUAUAUGUAUUUAUUAAGCAUCAAGUAGGAAAUAAUUUCAAACUUUAUGCCCAAUAUCUGUCAACAGGCUUCAAGAAUGAUAAUAAAUCAAUUUUAACCAAAGCAACAAA